UCUUCUUCUUUUUUUUCCUCUUCUUCCUCUUCGUUUACUGUUUCAUUGGCUGUUUGAAUCCCAAAAUCACUCCAGAAAUGAAGGAGAAAGGUUGCAGCGACCUCCCCCCUGGCUUCAGAUUUCACCCAACUGACGAGGAAUUGAUCAUGUUUUACCUCAGAAACCAAGCCACUUCCAAGCCAUGUCCUGUCUCCAUAAUCCCCGAAGUUGAUAUCUACAAGUUCGAUCCUUGGGAUUUGCCUGAGAAGGCUGAUUCAGGUGAAAAUGAGUGGUACUUCUUCAGCCCAAGAGACCGAAAGUACCCGAACGGGGUUCGCCCGAAUCGUGCGGCGGUGUCCGGGUACUGGAAGGCGACCGGGACGGACAAGGCGAUAUACAGUGCAUCGAAGUAUGUCGGAGUGAAGAAAGCUUUGGUUUUUUACAAAGGGAAGCCGCCAAAAGGUGUGAAGACUGAUUGGAUCAUGCAUGAGUAUCGUUUGAUUGAAUCAAACAAGCGAUCAGUCAAACAAUCAGGGUCCAUGAGACUGGAUGAUUGGGUUCUAUGUAGAAUCUACAAGAAGAGGCAUUCAAACAAGGGGUUAUUAGAGGAAAAAACAGAGGAAUUAGCAGCACAAAACGAGGUAGGAGAAGGCAAUGGACAACAAAUGAUGAAAUUUCCAAGGACUUUUUCCAUAACCCAUCUCUUGGAUUUGGAUUAUUUGGGCCCCAUUUCUCAGCUGUUCAAUGAUAAUUCAAGUGCUAACCCAACUCUUGGGUUUCAAAGCACUGCAGCCCAUACAAACGUCGGCAAAGUAGAGCAAGGGGCAACGCCAUUCGACUACUCCUCUGCUACAGCAGAUUUUAACCAAGCCUUCUUCCUCAAUCCUGCUUACGAUUGGAAUGCCUUGAGCCGCUGAAAGAAGAACAAACAACAAACAACAAAACAAAACAAAAAAAAAAAAACAAACAAAAAAGCUCCCAAAAUCAAACCCACCAAAGCAAUAGAUCCAAUUAGUUCAGGAAAAAAAUUGUGAAUACUGUUUGUUUAAAAGCCACAGCUUCCAUAUAGAUUGAAUGUCAAGAUAUUCCGAGUAAUUUGUUGUUUAAAUCUUUUUUUUAGUUCAAUCAGCUAGGUUCGUGAUUCGAACCUUCGACCUCUAUAGAAUGGGUUUUAGAAGAUUCGGAAGCUGUAUACAAUCAAAUUAGGGUAUGGCUGCUAUCAAGAAUAUGUGGUUUUGUUUUUA